UGGCUCCACUCUUGGCUGGGUGCCUGAAGCAGUUAUGACUUUAUUAAAGAUGGCCUGUAGUAGGAGGAAGAAAACCAUUCUCUACAGCCUGUGCCUGGGGGCAUUGGUUUAUAUGGGUGUUCAGGUGGUGUACUUAAGUGAGACAUUUACCCCACUCAUGAUGUUAUCCGAUGCCCAGAGUGAGGCUAGUCGCUUACUCAAGUUCAUCUCCCUCUACCAUUACCAGUGUAACUCCACAAUCCAGCUGUUCAAUCAUACAGACUGGCCUCUGUGUACAGACCGCAAGUAUGGUAUUGAUAUUGAUGCCAAGGGACCAAGGAUAGCCUAUUCUGUAGGACCUUCGUGGGAUUAUGCUUUUGAAAGGAACAUUGUGUAUAAUCAUUCAUAUAACUUAUUUAUAUUUUCCUUGGAUGACAUCCCUAGAGAUCAAGGAAAUAAAUCGUACCAUUAUUAUAAGACGAUGAUAGUAGCGAACGACCCAGCAGACUUUGGUCGCAAUUCAUAUGGCACAAAUACUCUAAACAGUGUUAUGGAGGCAUUCCAUCACCGUCAUCUGGACUUGCUGAAGAUUGACCGACUUGCCGAUCGUUCUCAUGCCUAUGAGCUACUCUACUACAUGGCAGAGGAUCAUAUACUCCAGAGUGUUCAGCAGCUCCACAUAACUGUACAUAUUGAUAAGUUAGAUGAUGACUACCUGUAUCGCUGGUAUAGGGCUUUCUACAACCUGUUUUACCGGGAGGGUUUCCGCUUGUACCACACGGCUGCCUCAGACUCGCUGUGUUUGCAGGUGACCAUGAUGGAGUCAUGUGUCUAUUAUACCUCAUGGAUAAGGAACCCGGGCAGGGUUUUUGUCAUGCACCCACCUGCUAUUGAUGGUGCUGUAGAAUUCGAGGAGCAGAGACUUGUGAACCAUGUGAGUGCUGUACAAGCCUGGUGUGACCAAAUGGGUGUGGUAACCACGGCAGCCAGUGUAGAGACACCUCAGCGUGUUGAGCCUCUGACUGUGGCCCCAGUGUUAGGAGAGACACAGUGUGACCUCAUCUCCCUGUCACCUGCCUCUAAGCUCCACGCAGAGCCUCAUGUUACCAUGACAUUGCUCAAACACAGGCGAGUAUUGCAGAAGUUAGCAACGAGGAAGGACACAUCUCUGAAGGAAGUUGUGAGGCUGGUGCAUGGGCUAGGGAAAGUGGACUGGCUGUACAUGGAUUUGUCUUCCAACUUAGCUCCACUCCUCACACCUGUUCUGGACACAGGUCUCCUACAGACGGUGAAACAGCUGGGAUUGGACCUGGUGCUCUCCCCUGAUCCCGCAGACAGACACUCCCUAAACCUGAGGAGGAUGUUCAGCGAGCUACAGCGGCUUGAGGCUCAGGGAUUCCAGAUUACCCACUCCACCAGCUUCCUCACGUCUCAGCUCCACUAUGUGUCUUCUCACAACUCCCAGGAGCACUGCUGCUAUAGGAUUAGCUACAUCAACAAGGAAGUGUUGCCCUCCAAAUGAUAUACUCUUUUGUAGUGACACACGGAUUCAUUUCACCCAUGUGUGUAUAAUUUCAGCCCUUGGUGUAUAAUGCAUAACGCUAUUACUGCUGGUUUGGCUUCUUACACAUUUUUUAGGGCAAAUUCUUAUGAGAAAUCAUGAAUGAUUUUUGUUAAUGACUUUGUGUUAUAUAUGUCAGCAAUGUUGGCUGUCAUGAGCUGUAUUGUAUUAAUCAAAAAAAAGGCAGCCAUAUGCAGUAUCAACCAAACCUUAAGGGAUGUUUACAGAUAUUAAAGCAUUGACCCUGGUGUGUAUCAGUCCUCUUUCAUGUUAAUUCAUGCUUUCACUUAGGCUUAAUAACUAUUAUUCAUGCACGUUUUCUGAUACCCAUUUCUCAUAUUGGUAACAAGGACUGGGGAACUUUUUUAAAAAUUUGUUUACCCACAAGUUUUCAUGCAACAUCGAUCGUGUUUUUUUUUUGUGUUCAGCCUUUGUGUCUCUGCAUACAUUUAGGAAAGAAGACUCCAUCCCUUGUACAGCAACAUUAUCUUAAUCUCUUGUACAGCAGCAUUAACUUACAUGUAAUCAUGUGUAUAACACUAUGGUGGCUUAUAUAAUGUACAUUGUAAUACAUUAUACUGCAAGCAGAAUGUAUGUAUACACAUGUACACCCAUAUGUAGCAGUCCAUGGUGGUUAAGGUGCUUGCUUUUACAUCUAGGUCACACAGGAUGUGCGUUAAAUCCAAUUCUUGGACAGGGAAUUUUCUAGAUUCCCCAGCUUUUGUUGUUCUCUGGCUUGUGGGAAAAGUGUGGUCUUUCGUAAAGAGACCAGUUGAGUGUCACCACCGUGUUGUGUGACACAUAUUCGAUGUGAUACAGAUUCUUUGUAAGAAAGUCCUCAGUUAUGUGGUUCCUAUGGAAUCAGUUCCUGUAAUAAAAAUAGGCUCUUAGAUUAAACAUGCCUCAAACAAUUUCUGCCAGCCAGUGUUGAUUUUCUUGGAACUAAACACCAAUAUCAGUUUAGAACAAUAUAAAAUCUUGAAUAAAAUUAUCUAGACGAAACGAACGGCUGUGGAUUUAGCUCUGUCACGUGGUGAGUCAGAAAUUUGUGACGUAAUCUGGUAACAUUCACGUAAAACUGUGCUUGAGUGCAAAUCAACAUUAACUAUUUGGGAGAUAUUGCAGCUAUUGCAAAUUUGCGCUUGUGUUCUUUUGGUACAAUAUAAAUGUAUUGUAUGCUAUGUGAUGAUGUGUAAAAAUGUACAGCUGUGUAAAGUAUAGGGUUUUUUUUUCUUUGUUUGUUUUUUUAUUCUUUUUCAAAGCAAGCUAUACUUGUGAUAUUACAAGGGUACGGUGUUGUGCAUACCAUCAACUUGUCAGAGCUUGUGUUCAGUAUUUGUUUUCAUAGUACAAAUGCUAUGCGACUACAAAUAGAGUACCUAUCUUAUUGUUAAUAGGUGUGAUUGUUUGCCACCAUUUUAAGUAGAAAAUCAUCCCCACUUCCAAAUAUAACUUACACGUAAAACAAAAUGAGUAUUGUGUAAAUAAGGUCACCUUAUGGAGUGACACUAUAACAUGUAAUUUGCGGACAAAAAUCUCUGUACAAUGAUUCAUGUCAGUAGCCUCACCAUACAUUGUAAACUUCGUAUAUAAAGGCAGUAAUGUAAUAGUUUUUUUUUUAAUUUUUUCGAAUUUGCUUUCAUCCUAGGAUGGCUUACUGUUUACAGGUAUGAAGUGGGAGGAACUUUUUCUCCCUGGUUUGCUUGUCCUGCCAAUAAUUAGUAAACAUGCCUGUAUAAUUCACACUUGUACAUUUAAAGAGCCAGCUUAACAAGUAACAUGCCAGAGGUUUCACAAAUUAACUUUUUCUCAUUGGAACAUGUACUUUGAUAGGUAACAGCUUUAGGUUAAAGAAACUAUACAAGAGAUAUUUCGAUCAGCACAAAUCUAGUCACAUUUUGAUGCUGUUAUGGAAUGACACCUUCCACUAAAUAUCAGCCAUAACCUAUACCCAAGUUACACUGUAGUAAAGUUCCUAGAAUUUACACAGCUGUCAUUUUAUAACUUUUUUAAACUUCAGAAUCACUUUAACACUAUAAAUUAUACAGGUAUGAGUCUGAUAUUGACAGAAAGACAAUAAUUUGAGUUAUUCUUCAUGAAUACAGAAUAUUUGAUUUAAUUAGUGAAUAUGGAUUUUUGGCAAAACUCGCCAGUACAACCUAUUUAAGGUGCUCUGGCAACUGCUUAAUUGCCAUCUAAAUUCUGAGUGUACCUGACAGCAGGUGUUUAAGUGUAAUGUUAUUCUUGAGAAUGCCCUAAUAUUUUAAUCAAAUAGAUGAAUCAAAUGAACACUAAAAACUGUAGGUUUAUUAAAAUUUUUUGAAAUUAUAUUGCAGUUCAGUUUAGACAUAGUCACACACGCAUUCACAGCUACUUAAGACAAUCUGUGGUUGAAAAAUUCAGGUAAUUGUUGCGAGUCUUGGAUUGCUCAUAUUGUGAGUUGUGGCAGAUCUUGGUAAAUCUUCAUGAAUCUGAAGAUAUCAUUAGUUAUUGCAUGAUGGUCAUAAAACCAGCGGCGAUCAGAUGACAUCUGCAAAAAUUCUGACUGAUCUUGAUCGGUUUUGAUUAUCAUACUAAGUAUGUACGAGCAUGGCAAACAGUCUUCAAUAAUGCAUUUUUAUCCGAGUUCUUUGUAUUUCAAUGCGUCCGCUUGAAUGCCACGGAUAAAUAGGGGUUCUGCCAGAGUUGUAGGUUUUGUUUAGAUGUGACUACAAAUAAUUUCUAGGGUUUCAGUUAGGUGAGAAUCAGCUGCGAUUUAACAUGAUCAAAGGAUGGAGACGAAUCACAGAGGUUGUAGGUAGUUGUCACUCUGGUGUGACGGGCGAAAAAUGUUGUAUACUAGAUGUACUUGUAGCUGGUUAUGUUGGCAUUUUCUCCUUGCUCUGUUUCAGUGAUAAUCGGGUAUUGCGUCUUCAUAUCAGAUUUUGCUGGCUUGGUGCAUAAAUUGACUUUUUUAAAAUUUAUAUUUUAUAGAGAUGAGGUAUUCGAGGACAGUGUGUUUUUUAAAACCAAAGGUGUGUCAGCUUAACCAGACCAUUUCUUGCGUGUUGGUUGUUUUGUAUUAUUAGAAAGCCUGGGUUAAGCUGAAUGUUUGAUACUUUCAGAUUUAUUUGCUUUUUGCCCAAUUGUGACUAAGAUUACCGGUAGCUGAAUGCUUAAUGACAGGAUGUCUUAUCUCCGAUGUCAGCCAAUCAGCAUUUAUUCUGUAUCCCUGUAUCCAUGAAGGUGAUCUUUUUAAUUUAUAAGUUUGCCCAGAAGUGCAUGGACACAUUUAUUUCUGAGGAGAUAUUUAUUGACUUUAAAUUCAUUAUGGGGCGUCUUUGGCUUAGUUGGUUAACGCACUAGCGCAGCGUAAUGACCGAGGAGCCUCUCAUCAGUGCGGUCGCUGUGUUCAAGUCCAGCCCAUGCUGGCUUCCUCUCCGGUCGUAGGUGGGAAGGCCUGUCAGCAACCUGCGGAUGGUCGUGGGUUUCCCCCGGACUCUGCCCGGUUUCCUCCUACCAUAAUGCUGGCCGCUGUGGUGUAAGUGAAAUAUUCUUGAGUACAGCGUAAAGCACAAAUGAAAUAAAUAAAUUCAUUAUCAUGAGGGACAUACUUUACUGUACUCAUUGUCAGUCACUUAUUGGAGUGAUUCAUUUUAAAGGUGUCUGUAUUGUGAUGCUUUGAUAGCAUCUUCUUAAAGUGCAAAUAAA